UAGUCCAGUUGACUGACCCGAAGCUAAAAACAGCAAUACUGUCAAAUGAAGCUGUUCCGUUGUGAUUAAAAUAAGGGACAAUGUCACCAACAAUUGACUUGGCUUGUUGUGUGUCAUGCUCAGGAAAACACUUUUUACAGCUGAAAGUUAAUUCAUUCCAAUCUUCGGAUCUGAUUAAAUAUAUCAAGGGUUUGUUUGUAACGUACCUGUUGGUCUAUAUUGAAGAUAGAAUAGAAGAUGACUUCAAAAUCCACACUUUGUUCUUUGGAAUUUUUCAGUACACAUGAACGAUUAUUGGCUGCACUUAAUAGACUAUAUAAACCUGACUAGACACAGGCUGCAUACCACUUGUUUUAGACACAGAUUGAGAUGGAGGAUAGACCAGUCUGCCAUGGACUUUGUGGAGACAGUGAAGACAGGCCUUGCCACCAUGAUACAGGAGGACCAACUGGGAACGUUCUAUGAUGUACACAAGAUUGAGAAGAACUUUGUAAGAAUAUUUGCAUUUACCUGGGCAGAAUGGCUUGACAUUGUUGAAAUCAAACUAGUUGACAAUCAUGCAGAGGUGGUCUCAUUUUCCAGUGGGUUGCUUCCCUUGUCUAUUCCAUUUGCCUGCUUCAUAAAUGUUGCCCUCUUCUGGUUUCCAUUUUAUGGACACAAGUUCAACAUCACCAGACUGGAGAAACUACGUACCGCAAUGGGAGUCACCAUCAGUGUACAGGAUCAGUGAUGCCCUGCAAAUGUGGUUGAAGAAUAUAGACUGAUAACCAAGCUGUAAACAGUUACUAUCUUAAAGUAUCCUUAAAUGGGCCCCUUUCUAGAAUAUAGACUGAUAACCAAGCUGUAAACAGUUACUAUCCUAAAGUAUCCUUAAAUGGGCCCCUUUCUAGAAUAUAGACUGAUAACCAAGCUGUAAACAGUUACUAUCAUAAAGUAUCCUUAAAUGGGCCCCUUUCUAGAAUAUAGACUCAUCACCAAGCUGUAAACAGUUACUAUCCUAAAGUAUCCUUAAAUGGGCCCCUUUCUAGAAUAAAGACUCAUCACCAAGCUGUAAACAUUUACUAUCCUAAAGUGUCCUUAAAUGGGCCCCUUUCUAGAAUAUAGACUCAUCACCAAGCUGUAAACAGUUACUAUCCUAAGGUAUCCUUAAAUGGGCCCCUUUCUAGAAUAUAGACUCAUCACCAAGCUCUAAACAGUAACUAUCUUAAAGUAUCCUUAAAUGAGCCCCUUUCUAGAAUAUAGACUCAUCACCAAGCUGUAAACAGUUACUAUCAUAAAGUAUCCUUAAAUGGGCCCCUUUCUAGAAUAUAGACUCAUCACCAAGCUGUAAACAGUUACUAUCCUAAAGUAUCCUUAAAUGGGCCCCUUUCUAGAAUAUAGACUCAUCACCAAGCUGUAAACAGUUACUAUCUUAAAGUAUCCUUAAAAGGGCCCCUUUCUAGAAUAUAGACUGAUAACCAAGCUGUAAACAGUUACUAUCUUAAAGUAUCCUUAAAUGGGCCCCUUUCUACAAUCUUUGUGUAAUGACUAGUGUAGAUCAGGGAAACAAUACAGUCCCUAUAACUGGGACAAUGUCAAAAUCCUCUCCAACAACCUCCAUGAUUUCACUAAAGGAAAACUAACACAAGCAAUCCACAUUCGCCCACACGCCAUCAAUCAACAGAGAUCAAGGCUAUUUCAUCCCAUCCGCCUACUAUGAACUCAUCAAGCAAUAAUCACUUAUCCUGUUUAAUUGGCUUCAUGUCCCAUUGGCUUCCACCUAUGUGUUCUUUGUCCAUCGCGUUGUGACAGUAUUAUCCCCUUGUUGUCAACACCUUGCCUAUGUUAUCCCAUUCAUAUAUGCAAUUGUUGUUACUGGUAAUCCUCAACUAUAUAUAUUCUGUACUAAGUCCCUCAUUCAGUCUUUCUUGACAAGGAUCUAUACCAAAACGUCGCUUUUUCAGUAUUAAAGAAGUUGUUAUCCAUAAAAAUUGUGUCUACCUUGUCAUCCGUCAACUUCUAAGUAAUGCCUAUCAAACAAUUUAAUACAUUGAUUGGUGAAGAACAAUGUGUAUCUGUGAUCAUAUGAGUAGGCGUAAAUAUGUGUAGGAGAUCUGAGGACCUAUGCUGGUCAUAAGAGGCGACUUAAUGGAUCGGGUAAUCAUGCUCUGUGACUUAUUUGAUGGUGUGUCAUCGUACCCCGAUGGCGUGGAUCGUUGCUCAUAAUAUCAAUCACUGGAGGGACUGGUCCAAAAAUGUAAAUUUACUGGCCGCUGUCAUAUAUAGCUUGAAUAUUUCUGAGUGUGGCUUUAAACAACAUAAACACACAUCUUAAUAAAUCUCUAUCCAAGCUUGAAUAUAUAUUUAUCUCAUUUCAAUCAUGUUUGUUUUAAAUAGCUGAUAGUUGAGAAUCUGUAGCUAUUUGAAGUGUGCUUUCAUGUAAUCUAGGCCUAUGAAAGAUUGUAGAAAUAUAAUUUACAAAAUGUCUAAAUCAUUCUUGUUUGUGAAUUUAACAAUGGUGUUUUUGUUGUGUUCUGUUAAUGCUGAUCAUUUAUUUCAGUUUACAGCUGAGCCUUGUCAAUGCUUGCCAAAUGCAGUUGUACUUUGUUGAUUGUACAGUAUUAAAAUUUCAGAUGCUUGUCAUACUUUGAAUUGAUGAAUUGACUGUGACCCAUAUAUGUUGUGAAUUAAAAUGUCUGGUUUAGCCCUGAAAACAUC